AGGCGGAGCUUCGCCACCACGUGGACCGGCUUCCGGAUGGCGUCUUGUGAGUUGCGUACGCCGUUGCGAAGAAGAGUUAAAGCCUAAGUGGGACCGCAUUUGAACAUUGUCGUUCCCCCCCCCCCCGCUUGGAGUUUUUUUUUCUCGCUCCUUUUCUCCUCGGACAGAAUAAAAAGUCAUGGGCAAGAAUAAGGUAAAAGGAUUGAAGCAGGCCAAUGUAUUCCAUAUAGCCAAUAAAAAAAUACUAAAGGCUAAAAGUAAAGCAAAACCAGUGGCAACCAAUCUAAAAAAGAUAAAUAUAGUGAAUGAUGAAAAAGUUCACAAGAUAGAUAAGGUAUUUACAGAAAUACAGAAAAAUGUUAAACAGUUGUCCAAAACUGUUCCAUCAGAUUCUUCAAAGAAACUUCAGAUUCCAAAGUCUCAGGAAGACAAACCGGCUAACGUGGAUGCUGCUGCGAACUUACUUUCUCAGUUGUAGCACAAAACAAGAUAGCGAUGUGAAAACUACAUUCUUUUGAUACAGAAUGGAAUUCAUAGUUUUCAACAGUGGAAGCAGUAGUCUAGCAAUUGAAGAAAUAUUUCAAGAUUUUUUUAAAAAAUAAUAUUCAUCCCUUUAGAGUCUAUGCAUCGCUAAGAGCCAAAUUAUUUAUCAACAGAGAGCUGGAUUUGGGACAUUGGUCUAUACUUACUAGUUGAAAUUAUAAUUUAAAGUGAAAUUGUGAUUUAAACUCUUAAAUCACUACUGUCUAAUGUUAUUGAUAAAGUUUCCUGAGGACUUAUUAAAAAUGUAAGAUAAAAGGAUUUUGCACAUUAAAUAUAAUUACAUUUCUUUGCUGUA